CAAGACAUUUGUCUGCACCAAAAGUAUAGGAAUGUUUAUGUUGAAGAGUGCUCAUUCACCGUAAACAGUGGUGCUUAAAAUUUGCGUUGAUAAUGUCAAGAAGUAUUGCAAAUCAGUUAGCUAUUCGUCUGCUAAGGAAAGGUUGCGCGAAUAGACCAUUUUAUCACAUAGUAGUUGUACCUGUAUUAGAUCGCUGUGUCAGUGAAGGUAUUGAACUAAUUGGAAUUUAUGACCCUCUUCCAAAUGAACGUAAUGAAAAGUUGAUAUCACUUAAUAUUGACCGCUUUAAAUACUACGUUGCCCAGGGAGCUUGGGUUAAAACUCAAGUUGCUAUGUUGUUAGGUGCAGCUGGAGUAUGGCCACUUCAUCCUCACUCAUUAACAUUAGCAUGGAGAGCACGCCAGCGACAAGUAGCUAGUGAAACAAAUAGUUCUGAAACUACAAAUGAUAAUACAACUUAAUUUUUCAUUCAUUAUGUUUUAUGAACUUUUAAAAAAUAUGUUAGUUUAGUUGAAUAAAUUUUACAACACAGAUUAUAAGCUAAUAAAAUUUUUUUGCAACACA